UUCGGUUCUUUGAAUCUAGUUCAGCAAAAUUGAACAGACAGGAAAAUGGCAAACUCUACAAACAGAGAUGAUCAGAUUCUGGAUCAUUUGGUAUUUUUGUUUAAAAUAUAGCUUAUACAGUUAAUCCAUUGUCAAAAACGUUCUUGAUGAAUUUUCUGUUGUCAGAUUACUCCUUUCAUCUCGAGUAGAAACUGACCCAAACUGGAAAGAUGAAUCACAGACAGAAUCUGCAGUAGUCAGUACAUUGACUGACAGAAAAUUAAUCGGUAGCUACACAGAUAAUAAGCAUUUUUAGUUAUUUUAUAAAGCUGAUGUGCCAAAUGUUUGGUGGUUUCAGCUCGGCCCUUUUCACAGUGAAAAGUAAACAGAAUAGAUGGACAGUCAGAGAAAACAAGAGGCCUGACAACACCAUGUCUGGAGGAGGCGCAAGUCAAGCCAAAUGGUUUUUAAUGAGAGCCCAGCUCGCCCUGGCGGUGGCUGUGAUAAAGAGUACACCUCCGGGUGCGAGUGGCCGAGAGCACGCUGAGGCUUUGUCCCGUGAGCUGAAGAGCCAGGAUGAAAGCUGGAAGCAGAAAGCCCAGGGGCUGCAGCAGGAGGUGCUGAGGCUGCGCCAGGAGAUGCUGAUCAUCAGAGUGACGUCAGAAGCAAAGAGCAGCGCAGUAGCAGCAGAUCAUGACACCACAGUGGACAAUGUUUCAGAGGAUCUGUUUGGAUCAGGAAGCGUGGUGCACAGCGCAGACCUUCAACUACUCUCUGACUCAGAGACUCCUGAACUCUUUGAACGGGACCCCCAGCCUGCCAUCGCCUCUCCUCAGCCGCCAGUGCCCUGCAGUUUCCCUGCCAGGCCUUGGGGAAAACCAGUGGCUCCACAUGUGCACUUCCUCCAGUCACUUUGUGCCCUGCACCGAGUGGCAGGAAACGGGAGAGGUCUGGAUGCUCUGUGGUUCAGCCCCGAUGGGGAUACAAGGUCAGUGUUGGUGGACUCUGUGUGCCAGCUUCUCGACUCGGUGGUGACGGCCUGCAGGGAUCCCCCUCCACUGGGUCCUUGUGACUUCGUCCAGCAGGCCUGCCAGGUCGCAGCCCAGGCAAUGGACCUCAUCUGCUCUCGGAGGCUGGCAUCUGUGGAGCUAAUGAGAUGUGUAGAAGAGUCACUGAAGGAGCUGACUGGGAUGCUGCUACACAGUAAUCAGUCCAGUGGGGGGCAGGAGGACUCGCGGCUUGACGGGUUCCCUCUGGAUCAGUAUCAGAACUCAUGCCACCUCUUCUGGGUCCUGGAGGAGCUCCUGCAGAAGUCAAAGGUACCGUGCAGGGUGGAGGUGGGAUCGGAGCAGAUGGGUUUCCUGCGUCACGUGGAGCAGCGCCUCUUUCUUUUGUCAGAUGAGUUUCCUUUGUUUUCUAUCUACAUGUGGAGGAUAGGAGGUCUCCUCACCUCCUCAGAUAAGAUCACACCAAGUGCAGGUGACCAGGUAGUUUUUAAAGAGCGGACUACAGCUGUUGAUCCUCCUUUAGAGAACCAUGCACUGUUUCUAGGUGCAUUUGAAAGGAAAACACCAAAUGCAUCAUAUUGACAAGGGACCAGAUCUUCAGAUCUACUUGAAGGAUAAUUCUGGUGAUGAUCAGUAUUUCUUUUUGUCAACAAAUCCCAACAAAAGACCCAAACUGACAAUAAACAUCUCCUACUAACAACUGUGUGCAUCCAACGUCUCAUGUAUCCCAUCCCCGUGUGCCAGAGCUCCACACACCAAAUGUGGAUUAAUUUACCUCUGAAAAUAGUCCCGUCAAAUGCACUGUUUCCUCCAGUUGAUGUAGCAUUUUUAAAAAUGAACCAUACGUCUGUAAGUUGUUUUAAAGAUUUGCGUCUUCAGUGGGAACCAAUGGUCUUGGAGCUAUGAGCCAGAAAGUACUGAGAGAUCAACACAAGUGUCAGUUUCGGUCAUCUCAUGGGAUUUGUUCAUCCUUACAAAAAUAAUCAGAAUCAGCUUUAUUGGCCAGGUGUUUUGGACAUCCAAGGAAUUUGGUUAAUAAAGGUCUAAGAUAAUUUUUUUUACAACAAGUUACUGAGCAGUUAAACCUCGUGGACAGCGGCUGAUAGACAACGUCCUUAUAUAUACAUACAGCCAAGACAUUUCAG